AUGGCGGUGGAAGAGGAAGCCGGCAGACCCACAUGGAGCAGGCAGAUUGAGUUCACUCUGGCUGGGAUCGGCUGCGCUGUGGGUCUGGGGAACAUCUGGAGGUUCCCGUACCUGUGCUACAGGAGCGGUGGAGGUGCGUUCCUGGUGCCUUACCUGCUGAUGCUGGUGGUGCUGGGGAUCCCGCUGCUGCACAUGGAGCUGACGCUGGGCCAGUAUCUGAGGAGGGGCCCCGUCCUGGCCCUGACCAAAGCCUGUCCCCUGCUGAAAGGUGUUGGCAUGGCAACGGUGGCCAUCUCUUUCAUCAUGUGCACAUACUAUAAUGUCAUUAUCACAUGGGCGCUGUACUACAUGUUCAGCUCUUUUCGGAGCGAGCUGCUCUGGGAAAACUGCAACAACACAUGGAACACGGCCAACUGCACCGACCGUGUGACCAACAGCUCCUCGUCCUCCACCACCAGCCAGCAGUUCUUCAAAGACACUCUGGCCAUUUCCAUCACAAAUUCCCUGACUAGUAUAUUAGCAGGAUUUGUCAUUUUUUCGGCUUUCGGCUACAUGUCGCACCUUCAGAAUGUGCCGGUCAGUGAAAUCGCAGUGGACGGUCCGGGUCUAGUGUUUGUGGUUUACCCACAAGCCUUUGUGACGAUGCCCGUCGCUCCUCUGUGGGCCGUUCUCUUCUUUUUCAUGCUACUCUGCCUCGGCCUGGACAGUCAGCAUCUUGAUAUGCCACAUAUAGUGUCCAUCAUGUUCCUGGCGUUUUUUGAGGUGGUUGCUGUUUGUUGGCUUUACGGUGUAAAGCGUCUGUCCAGUAAUUUACUGGAGAUGACAGGAAAGAGACCCAGCAUUUUCUUCAGGGUCUGCUGGUGGGUCAUUUGUCCUGUUUUGAUAACCGUUAUCCUGGUGUUCUCGGUGAUUCAGUUUAAGCCAGCGCGGUAUGAGGAUUACGUUUACCCGGCGUGGGCUCAGGGUGUGGGAUGGCUCAUCGCUUUGGCCUCCAUCAUCUGGAUUCCUCUAGCAGCCGUGCACACGCUCUGGCUUCUGCCCGGAUCCUUCACUGAGAGACUAAAAAAGUCCAUCACACCGUUUUCUCUGGACGAUGACUCCGAGCAGAAAGGAGUCAUUAUCAUCAGCUCCAUCGUACCUCUAUCUGACAAAGCACCAAUCCAGACUAACUUAUGAACUGCCACUGGAACAGGCCUAGACCAGACCGCCGACUGAUCAAAACCAGCAACACAUCUGAGGAUUAUUUACUGGAUCAGUGGAAAUCUGAAAUAUCGGCCUAAAUGUGAACUUUUUUUCUAUAGGAUUCAUCUCAUAUGCG